CGGUGACAUACUUAGUACGCCACGUGAAUGUAUGUCUGAAUCUCAUUAUACAUCUUCGAAUGGAUUUCAAAUCCCUAGCGGUCGUACGGUCAGGUUAAACUUACUGGAAAUAACUAAUGAUGAAGAACUUCAAG